UUUUUUUUGCUCAGUUAGACCAACUAAGUCACAGAGAUCUGGCCUUUUAAAUCAACCUAAGGAUGUUAAAGCAGCAAAGGACCUUAGUUAUGGUUUAGGUGGUCAACCGAGCUCUGAAAAUACUCAAUGGAAAAUUCCCGAAAUAAUUGACCACUGCUGUUCUGGGAGACUUAGUUGUCUCUGAAAUUUCUUUUCCUUUCCGUCUUAACUACAAAACAAUUGUUCAUUCUAAAUAUAGAUCUAAGUAAAGAAGUAGAGGAGGGCCGUUGGCUAAGCUCAGCUGGACUCUUUAUGAGACAGUCCUACCACCAGGCUGAAUUUGGUCACUGCGGUGGGGUCACAGAGCCGCAGCUUGAAAAACCCAGCAAAACAUCCGGAAAAGGGGAGAGACUACAACUCCCAGAAUGCAGCGCUUCCCAUCUCUGCGGUCCGCCCCCUUUGGCUGCCCAAUGACUGUUCUGAGACCCUCCUCUUGGCCUCAUUGGUCAUCUUUCCCGUCAGUGAGGGCGGAGGAGGGCGGAGAGAGUCAGAGCACCCCGGAUGGCACAUUUCCCGCCACGCAAGGCGCGGAGCGGAAAACCCGAAGAAGAGGAAGCUCUCGAUUGGACACUCGCUAUUCUGGCGUCAGAGGACUCAGCCAAUCAUAGUGUGUAUAUGCUCCCAGCGUCUCCGCCUCUUCCUCCUGGUAGCCUUUGGUGGCGGGAAAAGUUCGGAAGUUUCCGCGCCGGGGCGGAGACAUCCUGGGUCCCUUCACGCUUCUUCGGUACCGGCAGUUCCAAGGCAGCGGGCAUGGCGGGGACCGUGGUGCUGGAUGAUGUGGAGCUGCGGGAGGCUCAGAGAGACUACUUGGAUUUCUUGGACGACGAGGAAGACCAGGGAAUUUAUCAGAGCAAAGUUCGGGAGCUGAUCAGUGACAACCAUUACCGGCUGAUUGUCAAUGUGAAUGACUUGCGCAGAAAAAAUGAGAAGAGGGCUAACCGCCUCCUGAGCAAUGCCUUUGAGGAACUGGUUGCCUUCCAGCGGGCCUUAAAGGAUUUUGUGGCCUCCAUUGAUGCUACCUAUGCCAAGCAGUAUGAGGAGUUCUACAUAGGAUUGGAGGGCAGUUUUGGUUCUAAGCACGUCUCUCCCCGGACUCUUACCUCCUGCUUCCUUAGCUGUGUGGUCUGUGUGGAGGGCAUUGUCACUAAAUGCUCUUUAGUUCGUCCCAAAGUUGUCCGCAGUGUCCACUACUGUCCUGCUACCAAGAAGACCAUAGAGCGACGUUAUUCUGAUCUCACCACCUUGGUGGCCUUUCCAUCCAGCGCCGUCUAUCCCACCAAGGAUGAGGAGAACAAUCCCCUUGAGACAGAAUACGGCCUCUCUGUCUAUAAGGAUCACCAGACCAUCACCAUCCAGGAGAUGCCGGAGAAGGCCCCAGCCGGCCAGCUUCCCCGCUCUGUGGACGUCAUUCUGGAUGAUGACUUGGUGGAUAAAGCAAAGCCUGGUGACCGAGUCCAGGUGGUGGGAACCUACCGUUGUCUUCCUGGAAAAAAGGGAGGCUACACCUCAGGGACCUUCAGGACUGUCCUGAUUGCCUGUAAUGUGAAGCAAAUGAGCAAGGACGCGCAGCCUUCGUUCUCUGCUGAGGAUAUAGCCAAGAUCAAGAAGUUCAGUAAAACCCGUUCCAAGGAUAUCUUUGACCAGCUGGCCAGGUCAUUGGCCCCUAGUAUCCACGGACAUGACUAUGUCAAGAAGGCAAUCCUCUGCUUGCUCUUGGGAGGGGUGGAACGAGACCUAGAAAAUGGCAGUCACAUCCGUGGGGACAUCAAUAUUCUUCUAAUAGGAGACCCGUCGGUUGCCAAGUCUCAGCUUCUGCGGUACGUGCUUUGCACUGCACCCCGGGCCAUCCCCACCACUGGCCGGGGCUCCUCUGGAGUGGGUCUGACGGCCGCUGUCACCACAGACCAGGAAACAGGGGAGCGCCGUCUGGAAGCCGGGGCCAUGGUCCUGGCUGACCGAGGUGUGGUUUGCAUUGAUGAGUUCGACAAGAUGUCUGACAUGGAUCGCACAGCCAUCCAUGAAGUGAUGGAGCAGGGUCGAGUGACCAUCGCCAAGGCUGGCAUCCACGCUCGGCUCAAUGCCCGCUGCAGUGUUUUGGCAGCUGCCAACCCCGUCUACGGCAGGUAUGAUCAGUACAAGACCCCAAUGGAGAACAUUGGGCUGCAGGACUCGCUGCUGUCCCGAUUUGACUUGCUUUUCAUCAUGCUGGAUCAGAUGGAUCCUGAGCAGGAUCGGGAGAUCUCGGACCACGUCCUCAGGAUGCACCGUUACAGAGCCCCCGGGGAGCAGGAUGGCGAUGCUAUGCCCUUGGGUAGUGCUGUGGAUAUCUUGGCCACCGAUGAUCCCAACUUUAACCAGGAGGACCAGCAGGACACCCAGAUUUAUGAGAAACAUGACAACCUUCUGCACGGGACCAAGAAGAAAAAGGAGAAGAUGGUGAGUGCAGUGUUCAUGAAGAAGUACAUCCAUGUGGCCAAAAUUAUCAAGCCCAUCCUGACACAGGAAUCGGCUGCCUACAUUGCAGAGGAGUACUCACGCCUGCGCAGCCAGGAUAGCAUGAGCUCAGACACCGCCAGGACAUCUCCAGUUACAGCCCGAACUCUGGAAACUCUGAUUCGAUUGGCCACGGCCCACGCGAAGGCCCGCAUGAGCAAGACUGUGGACCUGCAGGACGCAGAGGAAGCUGUGGAAUUGGUCCAAUAUGCUUACUUCAAGAAGGUUCUGGAGAAGGAGAAGAAACGUAAGAAACGAAGUGAAGAUGAAUCAGAGACAGAAGACGAAGAGGAGAAAAGCCAGGAGGAACCUCAGCAGAAGAGGAAGAGGAGGAGGACUCGCCAGUCGGAUGCCAAAGAGGGGGAUUCAUAUGACCCCUAUGACUUCAGUGACACAGAGGAGGAAAUGCCUCAAGUGCAUACUCCAAAGGCAGCAGACUCACAGGAGACCAAGGAGUCCCCGAAGGUGGAGUUGAGUGAAUCCAGACUGAAGGCAUUCAAGGUGGCCCUCUUGGAUGUGUUCCGGGAAGCUCACGCACAGUCAGUGGGCAUGAAUCGCCUCACAGAAUCCAUCAACCGGGACAGAGAAGAGCCCUUCUCUUCAGUGGAGAUCCAGGCUGCUCUGACCAAGAUGCAGGAUGACAACCAGGUCAUGGUGUCUGAGGGCAUCAUCUUCCUCAUCUGAAGAGGCCUCCCAUGUUCCCAUUCCCCUCCCCCACCCUCCUCUUUGCCUUCAUCGCCAAUAACAGUGUUAAUUGAACUGAAGUUGAGGGACAGUGGUGAGGAAGCUGAAUCAGCACUCUGGAAGCUCUGGGAAUGGCGAUGGAAGCUGUGUGGGGUAAGGACAGAGGAGAAAGUGGGGAAGGACGGGACUAUUGCACCUUCAUUGCAGCAGCGCUGGCUACGCUCCCGCCUCCUACCCCAAACAACCCAGUUGUUAUUGUCUGUAAAUAACAUGUGACUUCAGAGUACUUUUUAUGGCCCAGCUGAUUUCUGUUUAUCUUUUCUAUCUGUUGGCUGUUCCAGAGCACUUUGGUCUAGACUAGGCUUUAGGGUGUUGUAUGCUGGGGAGGGAAACUGAGGUCAGUCAUGUCAGUCAAGAAAGCUUUCUUUGCAGUUAAGACUGUAUGUCAUAUGUAUGUUUGACCAGAACAUCCAAGACAUUGAAUAAACUUAACCAUUUUGUACA